GGUAUUUGAUGUCACAUAUUAAUACAAUAUGAUACAAUAUAUUGUCCAAUCCUAAGGUGUGUAUAUAUUUUACUGUAUGUACAUGUGUAUGUGUGUUUGUAUUUGUAUUCGGACAUUGUGUCUUUAAAGCAGCUCAUAAGCCCUAAUUUAAGAGUAAUGAUACAUGAAACAUCUUCAAGUGAAUUCUCUGCUCAGCUUUGAGACAGUAAUUAAAUGUAAAUUAUUUUUGCACAUUUAUUACUGCAGUAACAGCCAGAAAUUUCAAAAGAUCCAAGCAAUGUGUUUUUUAUAUAGUUGACUUUGCCCUUCCAGUACUGUGUGUGCGUGUUAAUAUAUUUGAAUUUAGUACACUAGUGUGUGUGUGUGUGUGUUUGUGCGCUAGUGAGAGAGAGUGGCUUUAGUAGUAGUAUUAGCACAGAUUGAGAGAGAUAGAGCGAGAGAGGGUUCGUGUUAGAGAGUGAGAGUUGCUACAGUAGUACAGUAGUGAAUGUGUGUAAGUGUGUUUGUGAGUGUGUGUGUGAGAGAGAGCGGAUGUCCACACUGAAGGGUAAUUAGGCUGGUUAGGUAAGAAAUGUAAGUCGAGGCUGAGGGUAAGAAUGUGAUCCAGGUCCAGGUAACUUUAUCAUCAGCCUCGGCCUCAGCCUCACUCUAUAUAAACUCACCUGAGCAUGUUCACACACUGCUCACACUUACUACUGCUGCUGCUGCUGCUGGACCACCGGGGCACUUACAGGGGACUUUACAGCCGACCAACAUGUCACUCACUGAUAUCCUCUCUGCUGAAGCCAUUGAGAAUGCUGUCAAGGACUGCCAAGCUCCGGACUCCUUCAGUUACAAGAAGUUUUUCCAGCUCUGUGGCCUGACCCAGAAAACGCCCCAAGAGGUCAAGGACGUGUUCGGUAUCUUAGACGAAGACAACAGCGGGUUUAUCGAGGAGUCCGAGCUAAAGUUCUUCUUGCAGAGGUUUGUACCGGGGGCGCGGACUCUAACAGAGAAGGAGACUAAAAGCUUCAUCUCGGCUGCAGAUGAUGACAGCGAUGGCAGAAUUGGAGUAGAGGAGUUCCAGACUAUGGUCCUGUCUUAAAGGAACAGCCCUCCAUCACUCCGAUUCUGUUCAUCUACCUGCAGCCAUGUGCACUACGGCUUCAUCUGUCCUGCUGCCUUUUACCUCCCAAAUGCUUUGCAAUGACCCACAUUUGCACACUCAUUUAUAAUUGCCUGGUGAACACAUGCCAGCCAGCUGAAUGUGUGUGCUGUUGCCUCAGUGCUCACACAACACAACCAAGGACAAAACUGUUCAGGGAAAUAAAUAAAGUCACUGUAACUGCA